UUACAAGGUAGGAGGGGUUUGGUCAGGCCACCAAAUACCUGAAGGAAGCAGUACGAUCUUCACCUUCCAAUGCGAUAUUGUUACGUGUAAGUCCCUGAGUAGGUAGGUACAUCGUCAAUUCCAGACUCGAAGCACAAUCCACUACGGGGGACGAUGGAUGAGCCCGUGCCUCGUCAUAUCGACAUUGCCGAUGUCGACGGCAUUGGAAAAAGGUCGUUCGCCCAGAUUGGCCUGAUCAAGAAUUCCGACUACGCCAUAAAAAUUGCAUCAAAUAAUACCCAUCAGCAUCAUGAACGAGAAAAGGAGGUUUACGAGCGCCUUGGCCAGCACACACGCAUUCUCCAGUACUACGGCGAGGUCUUAAUUCAUUCAAUCGAGCGGACACAGCGUGGUUUGCUCCUUCAACACCACAGGAAUGGAACCCUGGACAAGUCUAUUCGCCGGUGACUCGAACGGCCUACGAGUAGGGUGGGAAAAAAACCCUCUAUCAUGAUCUUUACUUGUGUCACUUGCGAAGGCUGACCGAUCUGGUGCCCAGUUU